UAAACACCAAUUUUCGGAGGCUGUCGAAGCGCUGCAACUUUCUUCCCCUCUACUUCCAUCUUCUGCGAACGCUCAUCUGAUUUCUCUGCUUUUUUUCCUAGAUGUUUUCGGGUUUGCAGGACCGAUCAAAGUGUGCUGUUGUCUCACCGUCUCCGUCGAUCCCCCCACAUGCUGCUGUUCAUUCACUCUUUCCCGCCUUGCAUUAUCGCUUAACCAACGUCCGAACUUAACUGCUUAGAGUCCCGUCACGUGUCUUCCCUGAAUGUACGGUUUUCUGCGCACGUUGGGGAUAUUUCACCAAGAAUCGGAGGCAUAAGUGGUCCCUGCUUCUUUGGUCACUUCCUCUUUAUUCAAGCCCGCGUACUGAACUACUAUGUUCAUUGUGUUUUCGUGGCUCCGGCACUUGUGAUUUAUCCUGGGAUUCUGUCUCGUCUAUUCGCUGCAGUGCAGCUUCAGUAUUUCCUCCUUUCUCAUUUGUGGCUACCACCUGCCCCUACAGGCCGAGUAGAAUGACUGUCUUCCUUCCGUUCCUCAUUCACUGAGAGCCUGCGAAUUGCUGGGUGUAGACUUACCUCGGCCUUAUAGGUUUUUCAAGCUGCGACUUGCGCCACAAGGAAUUUCCCGUGACCGUGUAUGCGCUAGGGGAGACCCACUGUUCGCAGGGUGCCGUCGUUUUCUUUUUCAGGGGCAAACAAGCGACCAGUACCAUUGCCUUCUCUUCAGUGCAGUGGACUCUGCGCAAGACGAGGUCUGCAGCUUCGCUUCUCCGCCGGUGUCGCCAUCAGCGACCACGAAUCUCCUUCCUCCAGUCGGCUCUUCGGGACUGGCCACUCGGAGGACACAGCGUCUCUGAUGUAACACCAAACAGCGUCUCUGUGUACGCGUCUUGCCCCUUUCCCCUGUUUUUUCAAAGCCGAGAUGGGGGGAACACGCCGCUUCAGUCGCAGCCGGAGUAGGUCACCGGCACGCGGCGGCAACCGACAUCGAGACCGAGAAGAUCGCCGUGGCUCCGGCAGAAACAAUAGACACUUUGGUGGACGAGGCAUGAGGAAUGCAGGCCUCAGCAACUCUCAGGCGUUCUAUGCCGGCGGAGACAACUCGCGAAAACACGGACACAAAUUCGGCAGAGGGUACGGAGACGCUGGCGAUAACCGACCCGGACGCGCUGUCGUUUCCGAGGAAGAAGAACGAGAAAGAAUGAUGUCGGGACCGAUGAUGAACUUCAAACAGUUCGUCAUGACACGCCCAGAUCACUGCACACAGAAGCAGUUAUCCCAGGACUACGAAAACUACGUGGAGCAGUACCGGGAAUAUCACGCCAAACUGUUCUUUUCAAACCAUAGCAAAAACGCGUUCAUGAGGGAGCUGUACCACCCGAAUCUGGUUCGACGCCAAUUCGAGUUGCUGAAGGCUCGGGCGAAGAACGUCGCUCGUGUGUUUGUCGAGAAGGUGCACAGAGGCUUCUUCUCCAGUCUGUCGCUCGACGCAGACUCUCCGGGGCUCCGACAGUUCAUUGAAGACAGCGCAGAGGGGUCUCCACUGCUGUGGAACGAAUGGCCGAGCCAGCAAACUGUGGACGUAGAGCCGUCCCUUUCGUUUGAGAUGGAAGAAGAGAACGGACAGGACGAGGAGAUGGACGAUGAAGAAGGAAAGCCGAAACGGAGACUGCGUCGAACUGAGCAUCCCCAGCCGCCUUUCUUGCUUCUGCCCACCACGGGGUGUCUCAUGAUCCGAGAUGUUGACCCCGCAAUUUCCAAGUUUGACAUCCACGAUGAACUGGCUAAGAAGGGGGCGAUCUAUGUCGGCAUGGCCGAGGGCGGGAGCCCGGUGGAAGCGAGGACCGCUUUCGUGUUGUUUCCUGACGAGGAUACAAAACAAGUCGCCAUGGAGAGCAUUCCUGAUAUGACGAUCAAGGUGACGAAGCCGAUGAUCACGAUCACACAAAGCGGCGAUGAGCAGGAGACUUUGAAAGUCAUUUCGUUGACUUUGUCGGAGCCGCCGCAGCCCCCCACGUGCGACGUGUCUGUCGCGCCACCUGCUGUAUGCACACCGAGCCGCAUUCAAAAAGAUUUGGACAUUUCCAGGAGUCUCAUCUCAAACCUCGAUGAGCAGCUGGGAGUGUGGGACGGCAUGGAGACGAACCUAUUCUUGGCGUCGCUGUCUGGAGAUAUGAACGAAAAGCAACGUCUGGACUUGCAGAUAACUUACUUGCGCCAAGUUCAUUCGCUGUGCUACUACAGUGGCGAGCUGUGCAAAGAUGCAGUGGAGCUGAACACGAGAUGUGGGGGGGCGUUCCUCCGACCGCAGAUCCCCGCCUCGCUGCAGCACUACGUUCAGAACGCACCUGGGGAAGACGAGGGGGACAGUGAAGAGGAGGAAGCGUCUGAGGCGACAAACGGAACGAAGAGCGGCAAGCAGGGCAGCGCGGGCCAAGGUGGAAUCAGAGCGAGGGGCGUCAACAGCACAGAAAACGACAGUGACGCGCCACAGACGCUUGACCACGACCAGAGUCUGGAAGACGGAGUGGGGACACUGGAAGAAGCCGGGAAGGAGACAAGCCAGUACAUGUCAAGAUCUCAGCGCCGGUGGCUAACGCAGCUGGAUGCCCGCCUCGAGGGACUCCUCAACACAACCAAACAGUUAGCUGCUCUGCUUCCCGCGGCUAUCGACGAAGACACGCCGGUGAUCAACAUGAAGUGGACAGCGUUCUGCCACGAGAAAGUGUUUGAGGACGAUGAACACAAACAUCGCUGCCGCUUGUGCAACAAGCCAUUCAAGGCGCCAAUCUUUGUCUUCAAACACCUUCGCAAGAAGCACGAAGAGGAGUUGGACCUUAUCAUAGACAAGUACGCAAGCAUUCUCAUGAAGGACCUGUACAUGAAGGACCCGAACAAGCCUAUCGUGUUGCCUCGGGAGUCGUCGAGAAACAGCAUGGGAGACGAAGGCGGAGCGUACGCGCGGGGCUCUGAUUUGUCUCUUCCUUGGCCUCCAGGGUCAGUCCCUAAUUCAACGGUGGCUUCAAGCGCUGGCGCCGUGCAUGCGGGUUAUUCCGUCGUGAGCCCCUACGGCAUGGUGGUGGUUCCCGCCCCUCUCACUGGAGGUGCCUUGUAUGCGGUGCCGGCGGCGCGAGGUGCCGCCCAUUCGGGGGGCGUUAUGAUGCCGCCGCCUCCACCUCCGCAGUAUUACGCUGCCGGUGGAGGACCGAUGGCAGGAGGUCUAGUUUACGGCAAUCCAGGUUCCCUUAACAAUCGGCGGCCGGACUGGGAUGCACCGGAGCCAAUUCCAGCACCGGCAUUCGGCGCGCAGGGCAAGACAGGUGGAUCUCGCGCGUUGGCAAGUUAUGAUGAUCUUUGAUUUCCUAUGGAAAACAAAGCAGUUCCUGUCUUAUGGUUGAAACUCCCACCUGCCUUUGCCUGCCAUCUCCACUAUGUAGGUGCGGGCCACGAAACGGCUGCUGUAACCGGUUGCCUUUUGGGGCACUGACCCAGUUCAGCUUUCGGGGGGUCAGGGGGAAUAUGAUUCUAUGUAGAUCGUCGACAGCUACGAUUGAGCCUGCAGCAGAGCAAACGAGAUACUUUUAUAUGCUGUGCACAAUGAAGGGCAGCCGAGCUUUAAGCUGCUGUCGGAGAAGAGAGGGCUUUCUGAAUAGCGAUCAGUUGUGUCAGGUGACCGUUGCGACGGAUGAUACAGUGACUCUCCCUUUUUCGUGGUGUUGACUCCUGGCAGGACUGUCGCAACCGCGGGUGUGCCCAAACUUUACUUUGUCAUUUCGGAGCUGGUAGGGGUUUGACAGUGCCGGCUCCACACCAUUUGGAGGCUUAAUUUGUAUCACCCGUGGUAGCAGUAAGGCGACACGCGUUAUUGGCUUCAGGCGGGAUGUGAGCCAUAUUGCAAACGACGCAUGUUCACAGUUCGGAGAAGCAGGCAGGUUACAGUAGGGCCCCACGUGUUGCCGGCAUCACGUGACCGGCAGUUGUGGGACACUUCACGGGCACACACCGUUCAUUCUGUCCAGCAGUUUGACACGGUCAGAGCAUCUUUCAGAUGAUUUUUGUACACUGGCAGAGUAAACUGUCAAUUUGAUGGUGGCGGAGACUAUGGAAGUUUUCACCGUUGGAAACUCAGCUGGCUCGUUGAACGCAGCGCAGCUGGGAAAUCCUGGCACUUUGUCUGUGCGGCUGGCCGCUGCAUAUGUUCCGGCAGAACGUGUGACGCCCCAGUUCAUCACAGGAACAGAGAUUGCAACCGUCAAAUGUCUGAGCACAGCCAGGUGGACAGUCUGGCACGAUGAGUUCCUGCGGAGGGCGGCCUGAUUGU